CCCGACAGCUGUAGAAGCUCUUAUGUUGCAACGAAUAUGAACCUGUCAUCAAUUCUUCCCUUAUACUACAAGACGUAUUUUGGCACACCUGCUAUCACAAGUCAUUCCGCUCCUUCAUAGCACGCUACCUCUAGCCUAAUGUCCGUUGGCAAACUCACGACCUGCCUCUGGUUCGAUGGCCAAGCAGAAGAGGCCGCCUCGUUCUACACCUCCAUAUUCAAGAACUCCAAAGUUACGGGGCGCCAGUACUUUCCCGAAGCCGGCAAGGAGUUCCACGGACGCGAGGCCGGCAGCCUCAUGACCAUUGAGUUUGAGCUCAAUGAUCAGAAGUUCGACCAGGCUGAGGUCGACUACUAUUGGGAUAAGCUCGGCGAGGGCGGCGAGAAGAGCAAGAGACAGUGCGGCUGGCUGGUGGACAAGUUUGGCCUGUCGUGGCAGAUUGUGCCUGACGACUUCCACAAGAUGCUGAAUAGUACAGAGACAGAGAAACGGGACCGUGCGUAUGUUGCUAUGUUGCAUAUGGAGAAGCUUGACAUAGCCGGGCUACGCAAGGCUUUCGACGGGGAAUAA